AUGGGCGACUCUCGAUCACCGUCGCCGAGACGAGAGCGCGAAAGCGACCGGAAAGACAGAGACAGGAGUGACCGUCACCGCCGGGACGACCGCGAUCGCGAUCGCGACCGACACCGCGACCGUGAUCGUGACAGGGAGAGACGGCGUUCUCGCUCUCGUGACCGUGACCACAAAGACCGGGAUCGACACCGCGACCGCGACCGCGACCGCGACCGUCGCGAUCGUGACCGUGAUCGUGAACGGAGAGAAACCUCUGAGGAGCGCAGGGAGCGCAAGCGCGCGCGCAGGGAGAAGGAGGACCGCCGCGAGCGUGAGCGCAAAGAGAAGAAGGAGCGGAAGCGGGCGGAGGAAGACGAGUGGGUCGAGAAGGGCCCAGACGAUGACAAGCCCGUGGAGGUAGAGGAGCAGGGCGAAAGAGCUGCCGGUGGAUCUGGAAGGGACUGGAUGGGCGGAGACGACCUGUUCACCGGCUUCGGCGUCGAGCACAAGCGGAAAGCGGAAGUUGUGAGUAACUCGGAACGUUCGAAAGCUGACAAUAAGGAACCUCCUAAGCCGCAACACAGCAAGUAUGAGCUGAACACACAGCUGCUCGAGGGAAAGACCGUGGACGAGUAUGCUACAGAAGGUGAGCAGCAGUCUUAUCCAACCCGCUAA